GGUCAAGUUUUAAACUUCCUCUGGUGUCAUAGUCCAGUUGUGUGCGCUUUACCGACUCGUACCGUUAUUUACUCCCUUCACCGUCGGUCGGUAACGAACCGUUUACGGCUUUAGCUCAUCUACCGUACAUGCUAGCAUGUGACCCGUUAGCUUACGUUAGCUGACGCUAGCCUGACACCGCAGCUAGCUUCGUCCAGAGCCUUUUCGGAGGAGUUAGCCGCGUAGUUCACUGACCCUGGGCAACAUGGCGACUUAGUGGCACUGUUUUGAACCUUCAGAGUCCAAAGGCAGCGUCGUGAUUCAGCUUUAAAAUGUCUCAGCUCGAUCCUGAUGACACCACACCGCUGCUCAGGGACGACGAGAGCAGUGAUGGAUCUGUGGAGGAGGACAGCAGCAGCCGGUGGAGGUCCAUCCGGGUCAUGUACUUCACCAUGUUCCUCAGCAGUGUAGGUUUCACUAUUGUCAUCACAUCCUUGUGGCCCUAUUUGCAAAAGAUUGACAGUAGUGCCGACGCCAGCUUCCUGGGAUGGGUGGUAGCAGCCUAUAGCCUCGGGCAGAUGGUGGCUUCGCCCAUCUUUGGCUGGUGGUCCAACCACCGGCCUCGCAGGGAACCACUGGUGUGCUCCAUCUUCAUCAACCUGUCAGCCAACAUCUACUACGCCUACGUCUACCUGCCCAAGACCAACAACAAGUUUCACAUGCUCAUGUCCAGAGCCUUCGUGGGCUUCGGAGCAGGUAAUGUUGCUGUGGUGAGAUCUUAUGUUGCUGGAGCUACAUCACUGAAAGAGAGGACCAACGCCAUGGCAAACAUGAGCGCCUGUCAGGCUCUGGGCUUCAUCCUCGGGCCGGCUCUGCAGGCGGGUUUGUCAUUCAUCGGUGAACAGGGCGUCACGGUGGAGUUCAUCCACCUGCGACUCAACAUGUACACUUCUCCUGCUUUACUGGCUGCAGCUCUCGGGAUCAUCAACAUCAUGCUUGUUCUCUGGGUGUUGAAAGAGCAUCGUGUUGAUGAUCACGGGAGAUGCGUUCAAGCUAUCAACUACACAUCAGAAGAUAGAGCUGAGAUUAGCGAAGAAACCGAGGAAACCAUCGAUCAGGUGGCGGUCGUGACCUCCAACGUCCUGUUCUUCGUCGUCAUGUUCAUCUUCGCUGUCUUUGAGACAAUUGCCACCCCGCUGACCAUGGACAUGUUCGCCUGGACCAGGAAGGAAGCUGUGCUGUACAAUGGCAUUAUCAUCUGCUGCAUUGGAUGUGAAUCUAUCCUGGUGUUUCUGGUGGUAAAAAUGGCUUCUCAAAGAGUUGGGGAUCGUCCUGUGUUUCUAGCAGGCUUGGCUAUUAUAUUUGCUGGCUUCUUUAUUCUGCUUCCAUGGGGAAAUCACUUCCCUAAAAUCCAGUGGGCAGAUGUCAAAAACAACUCGCUGAUCAGUAUGAUGUCUGGCGCCACGAUAGCACCCAACAGCUCUUUGGAGCCAACAGGCUGCCCAUAUGAACAGACCUGGUGCCAGUAUACUCCUGCCAUACACCUCGCCCAGUACAUUUCAUCUGACUUCCUUAUUGGGGUGGGAUACCCAGCUUGCAAUGUGAUGUCUUACACGCUGUAUUCCAAAAUCCUUGGACCAAAACCUCAGGGUGUUUAUAUGGGCUGGUUGACGGCGUCGGGUAGCGGGGCUCGAACGUUGGCCCCCAUCUUCGUCUCUCACGUCUACACCAUCCUGGGCCCUCGCUGGGCCUUCAGCCUCAUCUGUGCUCUGGUGGUCGGAGCCAUCGUCCUGCUCGGCUCAGUCUACCACAGACUCAUCGCCUUCUCUGUGCGCCAUGGAAGGACUGUAGAAUAACAACGUGGAGGCCGAUUUCUGUUUGGCUAAAAUCCUGGCCACAGUGACGGCUGUUGCUGCUCCUUAAUUUACAGUGUGAUAACUGAUAAACCUUUCAGAUUUUCUAACUCAGGUUUCUGAUCUUUAAAGUCUACAGUGAAGAGAGAAGGCCGAGGUAAGGAAUGACGGCUGCUUGGUGAGUUAUAGAGGAGCUAACACUGCACUGGAACCUGCUGUGAAUGAAGUUGUGGCACAUAUUCAGAGAGAGAAAACUCUCCUGGAGGAUAAACAUUAUGUUGGUGGUACUAAUUAAACAUUCCCUUCACUGAAGUCUUGAAGAAUAUUGAAAAUAUUUUUCCCAUUUUCCUUUAACGGCUUCACUUGUAGUUUAAAACUAAAGGUUUUUGUUUACCUGAAAUUAUGCAAAGUGGUGUGUAUGUGUGUGUAUGCUAAUGAUUAACUGAGUGAUAAAGAUUUUAUGUGAUCUUAUGUUUGUAUUUUCACUUUAAUAACACUGUAUUUUAUCAUUUCUGAUGUUAUCUUAUUUAUAAAUUAUAUCCAACAUGAUCUGCAUAAGAGACGGAUUGAAAGAAGAAAAAUUAGAAAGCUGUUUAAAUAAAAUACUAAAACAAAAACGUU